CUGAAUCUGUCAAAAUACUGACCAAUAUUUGGGAAGCUGGCAAUCCCAAUAUGUAUGUGGUGCAUAUUCAAACUUUAUAAAUAAAAUUGAUCAGGUACGAUAUUCAUGCUCAAAUUCUAUAUCUGGCAAUGUCCAGGUGCCGGGUAAUGUCCCGGCACCAUGGGUCUAGCUGGGCGGUUGCGCUGUUCGCUUCCUCCAUUCGUUUUUCCUCUCCGCCACGACAUCGAGUUCGUCGUUCAUUACACUCCUCACUCGCUCGAACAGUUUUCUUUAUACCCGCCCACCUACUCCCUUUUAAUUUGUCACACCGUAAUUUUACUCCUAAUGAUUUAUCUAGUCAUGCGUCUUAUAGUCUGCUCUAUCAAUUACAUUUUACCGUCCCAAUUAUUGCUACUCGAAGAGUCAUUUGACAUGAUCGAAUUCGUAAGCAGUUGUCCCGCCCUACCAGCGGCUUCCAACUGCUUGCGUCUCAUCCAGAGCCAACCCUCGGUCCAGCCCAACCUAAUAGAUCGUGUCACCAACUCUCGAGCCAGUCGAAGCUGGAGAGCGAAACAGAUUUUAUUUCAAAGUUUAGAUAUGAAAUGCAACAGAUUUAGGGAUUUAUACCCCCCAAUCUGUCCGAAUGUUGUAUAAUAAACAUAUAUAUGUAAAAUUCAAUGUUCAGUAGAAUUACAGAACAGAUUUGAAUAAAAUCUUCCU